AUGCCACCUACUAAAGUUACCAAGAAAAAGACAAGCAAACGAAAGCUCAUACAUACGAUCCUCGACAUUCACAAUCAGGCCCACAAGCUAUCCUUCGCCCAACUAAAAGCGUCGCUCGCAAAUCUCACAUCAAUGGUACAAGGAGACCAGUUCGAGCGACCAAGGUUAGCAAUUUCCUCCUUAAAACUCCGGGAUAUCCAGGUUAUGUUUAAGCUGAGCUUGUCACCGAACGACCUCGAGUUCCGUAACAGAACUCCAGAUGAGCUGUCCCCUAUCUAUGCCGAAUGGAUGGACGCGUUUGGCAAAAGUGAACCAAACGAAGCGUUAACCCGGAUCACUCUUAACAACCUCCUUAUCUUCGCCCAUCAUUUUGUCACGUCGCAACUAGGCACCACUUCCUCGGAUAUAAAAAUGAACGACUUGAACUUGAACUUGAAUGCCGAAGGCCUCUGGCGGUAUGGCCCAGCUAUAUAUAAAGGCGCCAAGUACGACCUUGUUGGGCGCCCUGACUACAGCUUGUGGUACGGCAAUGAAGAGGAUGUGGCUGUCAGUGUUGUUAUCGUUGAAACGAAGGGAACUCUAUCUGCAUCAACUGGGGUCUCUCAAACGCUUGGGUAUAUGGGCUGUGUGCACAGGCGUCGAAAAGACCUCCAGAAAAAAGAUUCAACUGUGUAUGGUGUUGUGUCCGAUGGCGUGUAUUGGUGGUUCUUGAAGAUCAACAAUGAUUCGGAGUGGUCUGAGCAUAUCGUUAGUGCUCGCCUCGGCAAUUAUCAGGAGGUGGUGGGUUUGCUUGUGCAUAUAUUCCGUGCUGCACAAACCAUGUCUCCCGCCCAGUUAGAGGUGACAUCAGUUCAGACCCAUUCAAAAGAGACAUCUGCAGAAUCCUAUAUAGGGUUUGAUGACGAUAGUGUGCCAAAGAGCCAUUUGGAGCGUCUAAUUGACGAGGAAUCAGUCAACACUAGUCUCAUGGUGUUUCUGACCGCUCUUGCUACGAAAUACCCGCUAAUCAAGGGCCAGUGGACCCCACAUCAACGGUUUUUCGGAGCGGAGUUUAAGCCUGGGGUCCCAUUCAAUGCCAAAGUGGAUGGCUACUAUACAAGGAAAGAUGGCUCCCUCGCGAUCCUUGUUGAGGCCAAACGGUCUUUCAGAAGGGUCCACGAGCCCUCUGUGUCAAUGCAGGAAGCCGCAGAAGUUGUCGCAUGA